AUGUAAUUAUAUAUAAGAUUAAAAGAAAAUAGGGAUUUAAUAUUAUAAUUUUUAUGUGAAAAAAUUUAUAUACAUAUAAAUAUUUAUAAAUUUAUAUAAUUAUUAUAUAUUAACCAGUAAAUAUAAUGCUAUGUUGAUAAUUUUUUAGAUUAGUUUGUCUUAUAAUAUAUUUUAAUUAAUAAAUAAUAGUCAUUAAAAAUACUAAAAUUUAAUUUAAAGUUAAAAGAAAAUUUAAAUUAAUUCCGAUUUUUAUUACACUAAUUAAAUAAUAAUUAGUUUGUAAAUUUAUUUAAAAGAUUUGUAAAUAAUUUUAUAAACAAAAAUUUAUUAAAUAAAAUAAUUUAUGCUUUUUUUUUUUAAUAAUGUUAAACAUUGUUUAAUAUAUUUCCUUAAUUUUAUCAUAUAAAAUAAUUAUAAAUAUAUAUAUAUAUAUAUAUAUAUAUAUAUACAUAUACAUAUAUAUUUAUAUAAAUAUUUUAUAAUUUAAUCAUUAAAUUUUAAAUAUAGUUAUAAAUUUUAAAAACAACAUAUUCAUAUCAAUUAUUUUAUUUUUAGAAUUAUUUAUUAUAAUAAUAUAUCAAUUAAUUUUAAAAUGUAUUAAUUGUUCUAUUUUAUUUAUUUAUUAAUAAAAUUAAAAUAUUACUUAAAUUAUAGAAAAAAAAUAUUAAAAAAAUUUCCAAAUUAUAUACAUAAAUAUAAAAAAUGGCUGAUGUAUUUUUAAUAAUAAUAUCAAUAGUUAUUGCAAUUUUACUCACUUUUACAAGCUUUUAUUUACUAAUAUUAUAUUGUCAUCCUGAUGAUAGAGGGUGGGGAACAUCGUUAUUUUGCAAAAUAAUUGUCAUUAUAGGAUGUACUUUGAGUUGGGCUUAAGUACUAAUUUUACCAUUAGAUGUAUCAAAUUCAAGAGGAAAUGGCAAUGAUUUAAAUAUGGAAGUUUUUUGGUAAAUUAUAUAUAUGAUAAUUGGAAUAAUGGUAAGCAUAGUAAUUCCAUUCGCUCAACUAAUGUAUGAAACGGACGAUGAGAAGCCGUUUCUAUCUCGUUUAUUAUCAGCUUUAUUUAUGGAAAUAUGUUAUUUUAUAGUUAUAUCCAUAGCCUAUUUUAUAUCAUGGGCAUAUUUAAAAUUUGCAGACAUUCCUAUCGAAUACAUCACAAAUACGAGUUCAAAUCCUUUUGUUCCUUCUGAUUAACUAGUAGUUUAAAGUGCAGUUUCAAAACUUAUGAAUUAUAAUAAUAUUUCAAUUACAUAUGAAGUUAGCUUUAUUAUUUAUGUUAUGGCUUUUACCAGUUUUAUUGGUAAUUUUUUAUUUGUUUUAUUCGGAGGAGUUGGACUUUUUGCACUCCCUAUAGACUUAAUUUAAGAAUUUAUUAAUAAACCUAAAUUGCGAAGUAGUAAGGAAGCUUAUGAAAUAAAGGAAAUUUUAAAAUAAAAAACAAAAAAAUUAAUUGAAUAAGGAAUAGAAGUUAAAAGAUAACUUUCAGAAACAAGCGUAGCAGAUGGAUAUUGGCAAAAAAGAAAAGAAAAUAAUAAAUUAAAAAAAAUGUAAAAUCAAUUUCGAGUAAAUGUUUUAAGUUUAGAAAGAGAUUAUUAAAUUUUUAAAUUAGAAUUAAAUAUAGUAGGUAUUAAUCCAGCUAUAUGGUUUUUUAAAUUAAUAGGUGGAGUUAUUUUUUUUAUUGUUUCUAUUAUUUGGUGGUUACAUAUAAUCUUAUAUGUAUUAUCAAGUGAUAUAAAUGGAUUUCCUAAAGCUCCUUUUUUAAAUGAAAUGCUUAUUGAAUUAGAAUCAUCGGGAGUAAGUUUUCUUUCGACUGCUCUUUUCGCAUUUUUAUCAUUAUAUUUACUUUGGUGUGUUCAAAAAGGAAAUAUUAAAUUUGGAUUAAGAAUUCCUUUUAUAUUUACUUUACAUCCAAUGAAAGUGAAUGAAACAUGGAUGAAUAGUUUUCUUUUUAAUAUAAACCUUGUUUUAAUAUGUAGUGUUGCUGUUUGUUAAUUUUGCGCAAAAGCUUUCUCUUAAUAUGCUAGAUUAACUGCUAUUGAUAAUAUAUUUAAUACAUAAGUCAAAAAUUUAAGAUUUUUUAAAUAUUUCUAUAAUGAUAAUGUAUUUGAAUAUGCAAUUGUUGUUUGGUCGGUUUUAACUUGUCUUUAUUUGAUUAUUAGAACUUCAGAUAAACCCAAAUAGUUAUAAGAAAUAGAAGAAUUAAGAAAACAAAAGAUUAAAUGA